AUGGCGGAGCAAUUCUCAUCGUUUGAACUUACGAAAACUCCCCGGGGAGAGAACUCGGCCACUGACGCCCUCGCCGCGCUGGCUUCCACGUCCGACCCCUCAGACAAACGAGACAUAUCCGUCGAAGACAUAGACGAACCUAGCAUCUCUAUCCCCUUUAAAGCCCAAAGCGUCCACCAAGUUGAGGAAACGGAACCAGAAACGGAUUGGCAUGUCCCGAUUCGCGAUUACAUCACAAACAGAGCCACCCCCAAGGACCGAUGGCAAGCGCGUAAGCUCAAAGCUCAAAACGCAAGGUUCUGCAUCAUCAGCGAAGAGCUGUAUAAGCGAUGCAUCUACGGACCUUAUCUCAGAGGGCGAUCACUGGCCCUCAGAAUAAAACGGCAGGGAUAUUUCUGGCCGACCAUGCUCGCGGACUGUGACGAGCACGCCAAAAAGUGUGACCCCAGUCAACGUCAUGCACCCAUGAUCAACCAGCCCGCUGAGCCGAUGAGCUCGGUCUCUGCUCCUUACCCCUUCAUGCGGUGGCCAAUGGAUGCUAUUAGACCUCUCGAGCAGUCGGGAAAGCGACGUGUUACUAACCUAUUGGUUGUAACCGAUUACUUUACUAAAUGGAUCGAGGCCGAAUCCUACCAGUCCAUUAAGAGGGAGAACGUGAAGGAUUUCCUCUGGAAAAACGUGAUAUGCCGACACGGAAUCCCCUACGAGACCGUAACCGACAACGGAACGAACGUGGUGAAACGGGCAGGCGAGGCCGCCAACAAACUGAUCUUACACAGCCUCAAGCGCCGUCUGGCCGCUGCAAAGUCCGGUUGGGAUGCCCAGCUCCUCGGGGUCCUUUGGGCCAUCCGGACUACGCAUCGUGGUAGCACCGGCGAAACCGCCUUCUCCCUAGCCUACGGGAUCAAAGCCGUAGUACCGGCAGAAAUUUCCGUGGGUAGUAUCCGCCGAGUUUUUUCUCUCAAAAAUGAGGAGGUGAACAGCGAAGCACUACGUGAUAACCUCGCCAUCAUUAACGAGAAAAGAGAACAAGCUUACGUGCGAGUUCAAAACUACCAGAAUACCAUUUCCCGCUUCUAUAACUCGAAGAAGAUCCGGCCUCGGCAUUUCAUCCUUGGGGAUCAAGUGCUCCGUAAGGUGUUUGAUCAUAGAAAGGAGAAGAACGCUGGGAAAAUGGGGACCAAGUGGGAAGGACCCUUCCGCAUUAUCGAAGACGUUCGCAAUGGCGUUUAUCGCCUCGAAGACGAGAGCAACGGUAAAGCCGAGCUCCGACCUUGGAACGUCAUGAACCUCAAGAAAUACUUCUAA